CCGGAGCCUUCUCCUCAGAUUUCGAUAAAACCCGUGCGCGCUCUCCAAACGUGAUCGCGCCGUGCGCUCCUUUGCCGCCGUGCACAGGUGGUGCAGUUACACGCAGGGCUGUCGCAAAGCAGCUGCCAAUUCAUAUCUACCACUCCUCGCUGCAACAAACGCAGCAAUGGACCUCAUCACCGUCCACGGCCGCCACCCGCAGGACUGCACCGAGGAUGACUGCCUGCGCUCGGGCUGGACGCUGCCGGAGUUCGUCGCGCAGUGCGCCCUCUGGGCCCUCGCAUCAUUAAUCUACACGUUCAUCUGCUCGAGACUAUUGCCGACGCGGGACUUCAAUGGAUCCCCGCUCUACAACUGGCUGAGCUGCCUGCCGGUGCAACUCGUCGCGUUUCCCGCCGUGGCGGCGUGGUGCGUCGCGGCGUACGACGGCAGCUUUAUCGAAUGGCUCUCGGCGCCCUGGGAUAAGCUAGCAGCCACCCCUGAGCGGAUCUUCCUCCUCCUCAUCUACGCGUACAUGUUCAAGGACCUGGGCCUCUACCUGCUCGACGCGAGGAUGGACGCCAUGUACUGGGCGCACCACCUCGGGUGCUGGGUGAUCAUCCUUCAAUUCUUCUUCACGACUGCCCCCGGCAUCUUCAUCUUCGGGGGCGGCGUCGCCAUGGAGUUCGGCGGCGCGGCGCAGACGAUUCACUUACUGUACCCGGACAACGGUCCGUUGGACUUCAUACAUGUUGCGACGAUGACGCUGUCUCACGUGCCUUGCGGUGUGCGUGAGCCUUCACGCCGUCGAGCUGACGCGGUUCUGGGGGCGCCGUCGCGUCGAUGGCGAGGGGUGUCCACACAGGUCGUCUGCUGCACCUCAGCGAUCUACUACGCGACGAUCCCGCCGACGCCGCUCUGGGCGCGCCUGAUCAUCAUGCUCCUCGUCUUCAAGCUCGCGCAGGCGCGCCAGAGCAACGCCAUGCACCUCCACGGGCUCUAUCUGGAGAGGCGGGCGAAGCGAAAAGUCUAA